AUGGCUGUGAAUGAUGGCAAACCUGAACUUGUUAAUAUCUUUGUAAGUGCAAUCAUAGAACAUGAAGGAAGGGAAGGAUUGAAGAGUGAUAGUGCAUUAAAAUCAACCAAUGAGAGAGGGGACACACCUUUGCAUCUUGCUGCCUCAAGAGGGUUCAUUGGUAUGUGUAAAUGCAUCAUAGGGGAACAUGGAGAAAGAAAGGAUUUGAUUAAGGUUAUGAACAAUAAGGGUGAGACACCUUUGUUUAGGGCUGUGCUCACUUGCCAAACACAAACCUUUGUGUAUCUUCAUCAUGUUUCCAAAGAUAUUGAAGUUCCACUGACAAACAAUGAUGGUGAUACCAUCCUUCAUGUUGCCAUUUGGAGAGAAUUCUUGGAUUUGGCAGUUAUAAUAACCCAUUGCUAUCCUAAACUUAUUGACACAUAUAACAAAGACAAGGCCACUCCUCUUAAAGUUCUUGCCAGUAGGCCUUCAGCCUUCAAGAGUGGAACCAAUCUCACAGGGUGGAAGCAAAUUCUAUAUUAUUGUCAAAGUAUGCUCGUUGAGCCUCUAGAUGCUGAAAAAGCUAUAAAAUCAUAUAUGGAGAAAAUAGAAAAAUCUGACGACCAUGAUCACCAAGCAUUGGAAAUUGAAACCGAGAAAGCACAAUCUUUAAUUCCACAAAAGUGUACUUUCUCCGUUGGAUUUGUAAAGAGCAUUCUUCAGUUAGCAUUCAAAGGUCUUAGCCUCUCAGGAUUGGGUGUCACUGCAAAGGAAUUUGAAUUUGCGGCGGAUUUGGCUAGCACAAUACAGGGGCCACAGGAAAAUAUCAAAAGGGAAUUUGCAUUAAAAAAUGAGAAAAAAGAGACACUUGUGGGUGUGACAAAAGCUGGGAUAAUUGACAUUGUUAAUGAGCUUCAAACUAAAGUGCCAAGUGCCCAACAUGACACUAGCCCUAACAAGGAUAGCACAGUGCGUGUGGCAUUGAAGAACAUCAAAUACAAAUCAGUUGAAAGUGUUGACAAAUAUGAGACAGCAUUUUUGGCUGCAGCAAAAAAUGGCAUAGUGGAAAUUGUGUUUGCACUUCAAUCUGUAAUACCAAGUGCCAUACAUGAAACUAACUCAAACAAUGAAAAUGUGUUGCUUGUGGCAGUAAAGAAUAGGCAAACCAAUGUUGUUGAGGUGUUGCGGAAGAGUUUAGAUAAGGAACUCUUUGAUAGCCUAAUUUUCGAAGUGGAUAACAGGGAGAACACUUUGUUACACUUGGCAGCUGGUACCACAAGCGGCAGCGAAAGAACUUGGAAAAUUGUUGGUGCUGCCAUGCAAAUGAUGUGGGAUAUCAAAUGGUAUCAGUACAUCAGAGACCUAGUGCCAGAGCAUUUCAUUUUUAGAAACAACAAAGACAAUAAAACUGCAGGAGAUAUCUUCAAGCAAAGACACAAAGAUCUAGUAAAAGAGAGUUCUGACUGGCUAAAGGAUACCUCAAAAUCUUGCUCAGUUGUGGCAGCUCUCAUUGCUGGUGUUUCCUUUGCAACAUCUACCACAGUCCCUGGUGGCACUGACAAAGGUAAACCUCAAUUGGAAGACCAACCUGCGUUUGAUUUAUUUGCUAUUGCUUCACUAAUUGGACUAUUCUUCUCUGUCACUGCACUCAUAAUGUUCCUUGCUAUACUCACUUCUCGAAAACAAGCUGAAGACUUUCGUAAAAGUUUGCCAAUGAAACUUCUUUUUGGCCUAAGUUCUCUCUUUGUGUCCAUUGCUUCAAUGCUUCUUUCAUUUUGUGCUGCACAUUUCUUUGUGCUUAAGGACAAAUACAAGAACGUUUUGUUCCCUAUUUAUGCUGCCACAUGCUUGCCUGUGACUUUCUAUGCAGUAGUGCAAUUUCCUUUGUAUGCUGAUCUGCUUAAAGUUAUUUUCAAGAGGGUGCCACAACCAAGUAACAAGGGCAACCAUUUGUAG